AUGCUAGCCUCACGCCGCCGCAGAAUGGAUCUGUUUACUCAGGAACUCGGGUCAAACCACCGGCGGCGUGAGUGCAAAGCUACACAUCUUACCUUUAACCGUACUAAGCUCUACCAAGCCGGUUACAAUCCAGAACCACCAGCUGCCGAUGUUGCUACUAAUGAGCCAUUCGGAAUCAAGCUAAGACGUAUAGAAAUCGAAGAGUUGAGGCAGGAGGUGAAAUUUCUAGAUGAUUGGCAUGAAUACCUCGCAAGGCAGAUGAAAGAAAUGAGGGUGGAAGAGCUGUCAAUGCUAGAAGACAUCAAGGAGGAUAACGAUGUUCUCGAGACGGAUAGAGUCUGGGUGCAGUUGGGUACUGAUAAGAUCUUGAGAGAGAGAGGUUGCUUCCAGAGACUCAGGACUCGAAGUAUCUCGAACAUUGAUAUCUUCGGCACUGUCGACACCACCAAUCCUGGUUCGUCCACUGGCCAUCCCGCGACUACCGUUUUAUCUACUGAAAACUCGAUGAAUGAUAGCUCAUCCGCUGUUGCUUCCACCAUUGAUGGUUCACCUACGGAUAUUAGUAUUUAA